UUUACACAUAAAAUAAUUUACAAAACCUGACAAAAUGAAAACAGUCGAUAAUGUCAUCGUCCUGUAAUUAUCCUCGGGCCCACUUGUCAGUCACAAAAAUUUUACCUUUGGUUUGCCAUCUGUAGCAACACUUCGUCGAUGGAGCAUGAAUGAAAUUUUCGACCGUUUUGAAAUGAAUUUAAAAUUGUUUGAAGUUAAGUGACGUUUGGAGGUUCGUGGCUCGUAUCUACGGCCGAGAAAUAGUGUGUGGCGUGAUCUUAUGCUAUUUUCGAACAUUUGAUGACCGCUUUUGAGUUCCUUUCUUCCUUCGUAAGAUGAAUCAAACGGAAAGUAACUCCAGGCCGGGCACUGCCAUUAGCAACGUGAUGUAUACUCCGCGCACACCGCGAAUGCGCCAGCGAGAACGGUUCGACCUGAGUACCAGGCCAGAAGAGGACGAGACUGACGGAUUGGAAGAGUUAGUAGGCCAAACAUGGAACAUUUAUGCAGCAUCAGCUCUGUUUGGAAUCAAACAAGAUGAUAUUCAUUUCAAAAUAUAUUCGAAGAGAUUAAGAGAAGAAGUUGCAAGCAACCUGUCACGUGAAAAUGUAACUUAUGAUGCAAAAUUUUCGAUUAUGGACAAUUUUGUCUCUAGGCCGAACACUGAGGAUCCAGCAAUUAAGAUUGAAGUUACAGCUAAAACUAAUAAUCGUGAAAAUGAUGUUGAAAAAUCUAUUUAUAAAGGAAUAUUAUUAUCUUGGAGGAUAACACAGACUGAAUCAAAUAUACAGAAUUCUAUUAGAUUGCCUCUUCUACUAUGUCGUGGCACUCACAGCUGUAUGAAUGCAGUGCAUGAUAUCAUUGGUCGUAUGUUUGACUGUUUGGUGGUUGCUUUACCAGUUAAUGAGGACGACUUGAGCUGGUUGCUUCCAAUUAUAAUUAUAGCAAGUGACAAGGAUGACCAGCCAAUAGUUGAUGGUGAAGUACAAAUGGAAUAUAUAGUGCCAGAAUUACCAGUGACAGAUACCAUUACAGUUAAAUUUCACACUUUAGACCUCAGGAAAAUAUUAUCAGUCAUUGUCGAAGAUCAAGAUAAUAGAGUUAAUGUAUCUCUUGACCAUAAACAUAUAGAAUUGUUUCACGAGGUCUUGCAUAAGCAAAUGUUAACACUAGGAGGUUUGCAGUUGGGUUUAUGUAUGCUGCAUAGGAUUAAUCUGCGUGGAGUAACAAUAAGGGAAAACAGAAUGAAAGUAAUGAAUACAGAUAUUAUGAAUAAUGUAUUGUUGUAUUUUAGUGACAAAGCUCUUGAUAUAUUUCACACAGUACAUAUUGACAUAUGACUUCUUAUUUUAAUAUAAUAUAAAUAAUAUAUGGUUUGAUCUUCCAAAAAUAAUGUCAAAACCUAACUGUUAUUAACGAAAGAUCUGUGAGAUUUAAUUUAUAUUGACUAACAAAUGUACUUAUUAAUUUCAAAAAAUUUUAAUAGCAUAAAUGAUAUAAAAAAAAUGAAUAUUACAUUUAUAAUUUAUAACAUUUGUAACAUUUUAAUAACAAUAAUUUAAGAUCCAUAAUGACAAAAAAUCCAAUAAGUGUCGAUUUUGGAAGGUUAAAUUAGUAAAUGUUAUGAGUAUUGCAAUAAUUAUUUAUUUCGUGUCAUUAUUAUAAUAAAAGAAAUAGGAUAUAAAAAUUUUAAAUAAAUGACAUUGUAUCUUUGUUAAUAAAAAAAUGAGUAGUAAUUUUA